UCAAAAUAAAUAAAGAAUUUAAGAAUUUAAGAAAAAUAAGAAAAAUAAGAAAAAAAAAACGCGGCUGCUGUAUUCACCAAAAACAGAGACACGGUGAGAGGGAGAGAGAGAGAAACUCUGUGUUGAUCGAUCCCAGCUAAGAUUCAACGUUUCAAAUAAUCGAACACGGGUUUAUUGGUUUUUCGAUUGUCGCAGGCUGUGCUGACAAUUUUGCAAUAAAUUUUUGUGAAAUUUUGAGGCUGUGAUUUCUACGCGAGCCCGCGAUCGUGUAGAAUUUUUCAAUUACCUGCGGGGGUGAUUUGUUUGGGUUGGAUUUUGAUUCUGAGGAAUGGAUCGAGGAGGAAGUGGGAUUUUGAUUGGGACGGAGGGUUCUCAAUGCGGAGGUUUAAGUUGAAGGGUUUGAUUUUUGUAUUUUUUGGUAUUUUUUUGGAUGAUUUCUGCAGAAGGUAGGGAUGCUAUAAAGGGGCUGGGUUUAGGGUUGGGGUUAGGGCUGGGUGCUGGGAGGAGAGAGAUGGUGGAGUCUGAGCUCGAAGAGGGUGAGGCGUGCUCCUUUCAGAACCACGAGGAUUAUGAUGCCACCGUUGAUCCCGAUGUUGCCCUCUCUUACAUUGAUGAAAAAAUUCAAGAUGUUCUGGGACACUUUCAGAAGGAUUUUGAGGGUGGGCUGUCUGCGGAAAGUCUUGGGGCAAAAUAUGGUGGUUAUGGAUCAUUUUUGCCCACCUAUCAGCGAUCUCCUGUCUGGUCUCAUCCAAGGACUCCACAAAAAAAUCAUAGUCAAAAUACACCAAAAUCUCCGAAUAAUUUGCUGCCAGAGGGUGGGCAGGGUGACGCUGUACAAUGUUCCACUGGAACUCAGUCAUCAAGACUUGGCCCAGGUUCUGGUAACUCUUUGAGGAUGGCUGCAAACAAGGGUCUCUAUCUGGAAGAUGGAACCCAUCAAGAAAAGUACUUGAUAACCACUAAUGUUGAUACAUCCACUUCUAAGCAUGAGUCUCUAAACAAGAAAUUUACUAGCACAUCGGACCAGAAGCCACUGAAGGUUCGAAUCAAAAUGGGUCCAGAUAAUUUAUCAACACGGAAAAAUGCUGCAAUAUACAGUGAAAUUGGUCUGGAUGUGUCACCAUCAUCAUCACUGGAUGACAGUCCCUCAGAAAGUGAGGGGAUUUCUCGUGAUCCUCAUGAAGCUCCUUUUGAAUCUCCAACCAUUAUCCUUCAGAUUAUGACUGACCUCCCUCAGCUAUUGUCACCACUUUCUGAAAGUAUCAUUGAAUUAACUAUAAAGGAAAUGCGUGCCAGAGAUAGCAUUCCUGGUCUUGUUCAUCUGGAUGAUGCAGAAAGUUUUGACAUGUCACUAAAUGAAUCUAAUAAUGUGAAAGUAGAUAGAAAAUUGUCACGGGGGAGUGGUAGGAAAAUGAAAUCUCUGGAGGGUUGUGAAUCCUCAAUGGAAGUCAAGGGUUCUACAAAGAAGAAUGGUCGGAUUGAUGCUGGAGUGUUGUCAAGAAAGGAACAAAGUACAGAUGCAUCAACUAUGGAGGAGCUAGUUUCAAAUACUAUGAAGCUUCCACUUUUAUCCAGUUCAUAUUCUUUCAGUGAUGACUUGGUUAGGACUGAUGAUGGGCCGUGUGAUUCUUUGAAGGAAACCCACAAAGUUAUGGUGAGGGAGAAAACCUUCUCUGGUCAGGGUCAAAAGGAAGGGCUGGAGCCAACAUCUACUGAGGUGAAUGGUUUUUCUGAAAGGACAAAGGGAAGCUCAAGAAGAAAAGUUGUGGGAGAUAAGAUUCCUUUUGAUGACUAUAUAGUGAAAGAAAAUUCUCAAGGAGAUAAUAAUUGCCACUCAAUAAUGGCUGAAUCUAACGUUUCCAAAGUUAGGACAGCAUCAAACACUGAAGAGCCUCCUAAGAAGGCUAAUCAGAGAGGUAGCCUAUGUGAACAAGACAGUAUGGCAAUACCUGUCGUGACAGAACAUCCUGUUCUGGUUGGUAAGAAGAAGGCAAAGGGAAGUCAUGACACCGUGGUUAUGGAAAGGGAAAAAGAAAAGAUUGGAUCCUCAUCGGCUCCUAAAACAAAAAGGAGUUCUGAUGAUAGUUCUGCAUCAAAAAAUGAGACUGAAGAUGUUAGAGCACAAAAGAAUCUCGGAAAGACUCGAGAUACGUACAGAGAUUUCUUUGGAGAAUUGGAAGAUGAGGAGGACAGAAUCAAUUCGCUGGAGACCCCAUUUGAAGAAAAACCGAAGGAACCUGAGGUGGUUGAGAGGAGUGCACCUACAACUAGUUCUGGAGCAAAGGAGAGACCAAGUGCUAAGAAAGCUGAUAAGCUGUUAACAGCUGAAAUAUACCCUAAAUCAGCCACAAAUAUUUGGUGCACUGGAAAUGCAAAUGGUACUGAUGCUGAGAGUGGAAAAGGGAUUCCUGUAAUGAUACCCCCCGUUGAGAUGGAAGAUAAUUGGGUGCAAUGUGACAGAUGUCAUAAAUGGCGUCUUCUUCCUGUUGGAACAAAUCCUGAUAACCUACCCGAAAAGUGGCUAUGUAGUAUGCUUAAUUGGCUGCCGGACAUGAAUCGAUGUAGCUUUAGUGAGGAUGAAACCACUAAAGCACUUAUUGCAUUAUACCAAGGGCCUCCUUUUGACGGUCAAAGCAACCUGCAAAAUGUCUCUGGCAGUGUUAUGGUGGGAGGAGCCAUGCCAACAUCCCAGCAUCCUAACCAGCACCAGCUAAAUAAUGAUGUGCAUGUGGCACCUGGGGGGAAGAAAAGGUUAAAUUCUACAAAUAAAGAAAACUUUUCUCAAUCCUCAUAUCCUAUGAAGAAAAACUUGUUGUCAACAGUGAAAAGUAGGAGUUUAAAUGAUGUGAACAAAUCUCCUGUCAUGAGUGAGGCUGAUGUUCCAUCAGAGAAACACAAAAAUAAGCACAGGACGCAGGAGCACAGUUCUGAUAGAGGUGAUACAAAGAAUACGAAGGUCAAAAGCAGGAGGGAUCAUGAUCAAGAUUUUCCUAGGCCAUCCAAGAAAUCUAAGACUGACAAGGCUCAUUCUACCAAUGAAGAGUGGGUAGAACAGAGCGGAACUACUAGGAAGGUGGGUGUUCAAAGUUCAAAUAGCACUUUUCCAACUACUUCAGUUGGCAAAGAUCGACCAAGACAGAAAGCCCACUCUUCUUCAAGGGACUCCAAAUCAAGAAAAGACAGGAUUCCAGUUUCUGCUGAAAACACAAGAGAUAAAGGUCAGGGUUCGUUGGAUGAGGGAUCUCUGGAUCUGGGGAAUUGUGAUUCAAUUGGUAGUGUGAAAAAAAGGAAACUUAAGGGAUAUCAGGAUGCUAUAACUUACAGCCCAGGUAAUCCUCGCAUACAGGAGAGCAAAACUUCUGAGCAUGAUUUCAGCAAUUCAAGGAAGGAAAAGAAGGCGAAAAGUUCAAAAUCUGGAGGCAAAGAAUCAAGUACCAGUAAAGGUAGUGGUAGGACUGACAAAAAAGUUAGUCAUGCAAAGAACCAGAAAUUCAGGCAAAACCCUGAGUGCAGUCUGUCACAGCGGAGCUUGGAUGGCAUGGACUGUUCAAAAAGGGACUUGGGACCUUUACAGGUUUCUGUUGCUGCCACUUCAAGCUCUUCUAAGGUUUCUGGCUCUCACAAAACCAAAGCCAGCUUCCACGAAGUGAAGGGCUCACCUGUGGAAUCGGUGUCUUCAUCACCCAUUCGAGUUUUAAAUGCAGAUAAGCUUUCAAUCAAGGAAAUUAUAGGGAAAGAUGAUUCACGUGAUGUUGCUGCUGUGGAUAGUCCAAGAAGAUGCUUGAAUCGUGAUGAUGAUGGUGCAAGUGAUCGAUCUGGAACGGCCAGGAAGGAUAAAUCUUUCACCAUUGCCAACAGGGCAGAUUUUCAGGACAAGGGUGUUAAUUUUUCUGAUACGAAGCUUAAAGCUGAAACAACCAGCUAUUGUACAAAUGGUGGUGUUGACACCAUAGUUCCAGAUGGGACCUAUGCAGGCAAAGAGCAUAUUAAACAUCCAGGUGAAGACAAAAUUGAUGUUUAUCAUGCUAAUAUGUCUCAUACAAGGAAGAAUGGCAUAGAAUCAGGUUUGGAGGACAACAAUGACGGCUGUAAGUCAGAGUCCCAUGCAGAUAAGGUCAAGAAUUCUAGUUCUUCAAGUCAACUGAAAAAUCAGUCUCCUCUAGCUGAGACAAAGCAUAAGGAUGGAAAAAAUAAGUUGCAGGAGAAGUUUGGGAUCAAGCCUGACCAAAGUGAGAAUAUACAUGCUGUCAAGAAAGAUUAUGCAGAGAAAGCUGAGGCUAGGAAAAAAGAGAGUCACUUAAAUCGAGGUCAUGACUUUCAAGAUGUUAUUGUGGAUGCCCUUUGCAAACAGGAUGCAUUUCAUGCUCCCCCGCAGACUCAGUUGCCAGACUCGGAUAGAUCCACAAAGAGGUCUCUUUUUGAAAGAACUGGUGAUCAAGAAGUGCAUGGAAAAGGGAAGCUGUUGUCAUCAUUGCCAUCUGAAGGAUCUCAAGUUGAGACAUUGGGCCGAUGCCCACGGCCAGUUGGUUUACAUAAAGGAAAUGGUGAUGCUGAAGUUGACCCUUCCAAAGUCGAUGAUGUGUCAAAGCUACCAAAAAGGCAAUCGAAAAAGACUGACAAUCAAAAUGGAAAUCAGCAAACUGGUUCAAGAAAUCCCGUACUUAAUGGUCACAGGUCGAAGGAGCUUGAUGCCCCUAGCCCAGUUAGAAGGGAUUCUUACAGCCAUGCUGCUAACAAUGCUGUGAAAGAAGCUAAAGAUCUUAAGCAUCUGGCUGAUCGUCUUAAGCAUUCUGGAUCCACUGGUGAGAGCACUAGUCUUUACUUCCAGGCAGCCCUCAAAUUUCUUCACGGAGCCUCUCUGUUAGAAUCUGGCAACAGUGAUAAUUCUAAACACAGUGAGAUGAUUCAAUCAAAACAAAUGUAUAGUAGCACUGCAAAAUUGUGCGAGUUUUGUGCCCACGAAUAUGAGAAAUCAAAAGACAUGGCUUCAGCUGCACUAGCCUACAAAUGCAUGGAGGUAGCAUAUAUGAGGGUAGUAUAUUCUUCACACACUAGUGCAAGCAGAGAUCGGCAUGAGUUGCACAAUACACUGCAAAUGAUUCCUCUUGGUGAGUCUCCAUCGUCAUCUGCCUCUGAUGUUGACAAUGUUAACAACUCUACAGCUGCUGACAAGGUUGUCAUCAUAUCUAAGAGUGUCAAUUCGCCCCAAGUAGCUGGAAACCAUGUUAUUGCUGCACGACAUCGUCCUAAUUUUGUGCGAUUGCUCGGUUUUGCUCAGGAUGUUACUUUUGCCAUGGAAGCAUCAAGGAAAUCACGGAAUGCUUUUGCAGCUGCUAAUUCAAGCCUAGGUGUGGGCAAGAAUACAGAUGGUAUCUCCUCUAUCAAAAAGGCUCUUGAUUUUAGCUUUCAAGAUGUGGAGGGGUUACUUCGUUUGGUACGGGUUGCUGUGGAGGCCAUUAAUCGUUAAAGAAACCAUUUAAUUGAGAAGAUGAUUCUAGUCAGUUAUGAACAUGUGUUUCUUGGUCAUGUACAAAAUCUCAACUCUGACAAAAAACAGUCUGAAAUUAUGGAGGGCAAGGUUUAUUUUGUUGGAUCUCGAAUCAAUCUUGUCAACAGGUGAAGCUAGUACUGUCUCUAUAGAUAUGGCUGCUGUGGACAGUGAAAUGAAAGUCUCAGUUUACAGUCAGGAAUUUGGUUGCUCUCUGUUGUUUACAAACAUAAAAUCCUUUCAAUCCUCGAGACAACGUGGAGGCCCUCAGAAGCAAGGUUCUGUAAUGCAGAUUCUGAGCUAUAUUGAUAUUUAGAACGAUGCUACUUCCAGAUUAUAAGAUGAUGAUAUAAUAGGUGGAUAUGGAUAGAUUUAGAAGUUUGAAACUAUUUGCGCUCUCUUAUGUCCUUUUCUCAUUCCGGAGGGUUUAUUAAUUUGUCAAUCUGUACAUGUGUAAAGUUGUAACUGCUGGAAAGAGGAAGUUGUGGAUUUUGUAUUACUGCAAUCAUGCUUCUACUAGUGGUUCUGCAUUUUCUUCCCCUUUCCAAUCUCUUCCCGGAAAGUAAAGUCAAAGAGAGCCAAACUAAAGUUCUCUUGUACAAUGUUGGGAUUAGGGGUAGAACAAUAUUCUUUACUCAUUUUGUUGAUAGAGUACCAAGCAGAAAAUAAAAAAGGAGAGAUGUACAGCAAGAAUUUUUUUGAAGUGGCAGGCAAUUUACUGCAAAUGAAUUGUCAACUCAGGGACGCAGUGGAUGUAAAUAAAAAUUAUAUAGAUUCAAGUCAGAAACAGGGCAAGCUGGUUGCUACAUUCAUGCAGAACAUUCAGGUUUGAGCAACUGAGGCAAAUACCAGAUAGACCUGGAGUUUAGCUCGCCAAAUCUGUAACUGGCCAUGGUGGAGUUUUUUUCUUCAUCUUUUUCCCUGCUUUUCCCUGUCUUACUGUAUUCUUUAAAAAAAAAAACAGAUGCUAGUAUUGGGCAUUUAAUUUUAAAUUUUGACUUUACUAACUUACCUGUUCUUAUAAUGUACAUAGCUUUAUGUUCAUCUACUUUUCUUAAUAUUUCACCCUUCUGGUGUAGUGGCGAGUGCCAUUCGGUGCGUCGUGUGUAAGUUAUAUGGAAUAUAGAAUUGAAAAUAGUUUAGUGGAAGAUUAAGGGUGUA